AUGAAGGGGAGCGCUGCGUACACAAUUGCUGUUUUUUCAAUUGGGUGCCUUCUUAUGGUUGGACAAUGUCGUCGUGAGCCCGAGAGCACCUACAAAGAUGACCAUGCCAACACGACCACGCUGGUCUCCUCACCUGAUGAGAGCAAACUUACCUUGAAAUUUUGUCUCGAUAGAGAUUGUAAGACCAAAGGUGAAAACUUUAGAACCUGGUGGGCGAAAUGCAUAUGCUGCGUCACUCUGCCAGGCGUACCGUGUUAUGAUUCCUAUGAAGAGUGUCAAAGAAAUUGCCCAAGUAUACCGCAGCCCAUACUUGGAAAUACGGGUGGGCGUUAA